UCGGCCCAUUACUAUAGUUGACAUCCUUGGUUGCUAUGGUAACUGACAGGUUGUUUUGGCGCCCGCCCGUAAACAAAUGAAACUCGACUGGCAGAAUUCAAAUGUGCCGAUGUCUAUCUAGUAAUAUUGACAAAAAACCAGAUUUGAUUAAAAAAAUAGCAAUUGUAUAAUGGGAUUUGUGAGAUAUUAUUGCUGUUUUUUACAAUUGUAUUUUACAGUAGCCGCAUAACUUUUUGAGUUGAAAAGUUGUACCGAUGAGUCAAAAUCAAGGAAAGAAGGACGACCGAAAAAAGGAUGUGGGCCAAAAACCUGUUCAGAAGAAAAGCCCAGACAAGAACAUGUCUGAAAUUGAUGAGCACAUACUUAACAGAUUCGAAAUUAAAAAAAGACUUGGGAAAGGCGCUUACGGGAUUGUUUGGAAAGCUGUUGAUAAAAAGACCAAAGAUGUUGUGGCGAUUAAGAAAAUAUUUGACGCCUUCCGCAACCAAACAGAUGCUCAGCGCACUUUUCGGGAAAUAAUAUUCCUGCAGUCUUUCCGCAACCAUCCCAACAUUGUGAAGCUCCACAGCAUACACAGGGCGCUGAACAACCGCGACAUCUACCUCGGCUUCGAAUACAUGGAGACGGACUUACACAACGUGAUCAAACGCGGGAACAUCCUCAAGGACAUCCACAAGCGGUACAUUAUGUACCAGAUGCUCAAGGCCACGAAGUACAUACAUUCAGGGAAUGUUAUACACAGGGACCAGAAGCCUAGUAAUGUGCUGAUUGAUAGUGCUUGUAGGGUGAAGCUAGCAGACUUCGGUCUCGCUCGGUCGGUGUCCAGCCUGUACUCGGGCGGGGAGGAGGGCGCGGACCCCUGCCUCACUGACUACGUCGCCACGCGCUGGUACCGCGCCCCCGAGAUACUCAUCGCUAGUAAGAACUACACAAAGGGAAUAGACAUGUGGUCUUUGGGCUGCAUUCUGGGAGAGAUGCUGAUCGGCAAGCCGCUGUUCCCCGGCACUUCCACUGUGAAUCAGGUCGAGAUUAUCAUGGCGGCUUUGCCCAGACCUUCGGCUGAAGACAUAGCCAUAGUGUGCAGUGGGUACGGGUCGUCGCUGAUCCGCGAGCAGUCGUCCUGCGCGGGCGGCGCGUCGCUCACCGCGCUGCUGUCGUGCGCGCCGCGCGACGCCGCCGACCUCGUGCACCGCCUGCUGCUCUUCAACCCCGCCAAGCGGCUCAGCGCCGAGAAGGCGCUCGACCAUGAUUAUGUUGCCAAGUUCCACCGCGCUCGUGACGAGCCUACCCUCCCAUCCGACGUGUUGCUCCCGCUGCGAGAUGACAAGCAGAUGUCGGUGGACGACUACAGGAACAAGCUCUACAGCAUCAUGGCUAAAGGCUCGCAGAACUACAACGGACAGCUGCGGAAGACUCAUAGCAACAAAACUCAUCCUCUCCCAACCACUACAAGCAAAAGCAGUAAGAGUUUCCACGAGACAGAAAUAUCGAAGUCCUAUACGAAGUCAAAGCAUUUAAGUGCUUCGGCCGAUCAGAAAGCUCGGCCGAAGCUCACUCGACCUCACGUAGAGCGUCCUAUCAAAGAAUACAGAUCCGAACAAAGCGUUACAAAGCCUUUGCGCGCCACAAAGCUUUUCGAACACCGUCACGAGUGGAGGGAAACCUCCUCAAACUGUCAUGGCGACUACUUUCAACCCGUCACAAGGCAAAGUCCCUCGGAAAGUGGCUUCAUGAGCGGUGGAAAAAAGUCUUCGCUGCAACACAGAAGAAAUUCAACGUCGUUUUCCACGGUCACUAUAGGUGGGGACGCUGAUUAUAACGGCUGUUUGGGUAAGCAGAGGCAUGGGGUAAUAACGGCCAGCGCUCUGAUGGACCUCAGGACUAGCAUACGGUAGGUAAGAUCGAAACAAUAGGAUUGCGAAUCUCUGAAACUUUUAUUUGUGUACUAUUCGAUUACGAAGUGUUACGCUAAUAGCGGUCCCUUAUUUUUGGGGAAAGAUUUGAGGGUAAUAUUGGUCAGCUGGUGCGUCGUAUUCAACUUGGCUGUUCUGCUAACAGAUGCUUAAGUGGCUGAUGGGACAGGCUCAUUCAAACUCUCUUCAUAACUACAUUUAAUGCAAAUUGUGAUGAGAUCGUUUACCAAAUGAUCAAUAUUUUGUAAACAACGGACUUUAAGGGUCUUUCAAGUAUGUACAUCAAUGUACGUAUAUUUAUUGGUUAAUUUUCCCCAAACCAAUGGAACUAAAGCUGACCAAGUUAUUUUAACGCUCCUUUGAACUUCGUAGUCGAAUUAUUGCGUUGAUAUUUUAGAGACUGUGACGUAAGCAGUCUUAUUUUCGCGAGAUAUUGUAUGUUAGGUUUCCCCUUUUUGUACUGUGUUUUUAGUAGGAACUGCAUUAUUAUGUUUAAAAACUCUUCAAGGCCUUAAUUUGGACCUGAAUGACCUGUAAUACGGGUUUGUUUAGUGUUUGACAUCUUAAAAAGCUAAUUUAAUUACCCCAAUAUUAACGGGGUGGAUGAAGAAUGUUAUUAAAAACUGUUACCUGAUGCAAAUAGCAAUAUACUGAGAUAGACUUCGAAUUCUUAUUACACAAAACUUUUGUAUUUCGAAUGUUAGUCGAAACUUUUUACGUAUUCAUGUUCGUUAUUGCCCCUUAAGAAUUGGGGUAAUAGUGCUCAUCAACAAUAAGUUAACCUAAAAAAUAUCCAAAUUGACAUAACUAGUUAAGUUUAUUUAAAUAAUUCUACAAUUCUUACAAUCGUCAGUUUAACUUUCUUUUCAUUGAACCGAUUUAAGAAAGAAAGAGUUCUUUGAAACGUAUACUUUUAUACGUAUUUCUUGUCGAUAUUACAAUUUCUGACUGACCCUUUGAUAUAUAAAACCCCAAUUCAUAUUCAGUGGCUCAAAAACGUCACCUAGAAUCUACCAAAAAUGUCUACACAUGAUACUGAAAACUGUGGACUUUUGCAGAUAGUCUCGCGUUUGAAAACCAACUUUAAGACAUUAGAGUAAGGUUGAAUUUGCGGAAUUUGAGUUCGUAUGACUGAUACUUUUGACGGUAGCAGUUGUUCGGGAAUGUGUUUCUUGGGUUUUUGUUCAUCAAUUGUGUCAGAAAUAUUUAGAUGAAAAAAUAUAUUAAAGAUGAGCUAAAGGAAGGUUGCGCCCGCAUGCCUUUUUAUGGCAUUUUAGUUUCGGAUUUAUUUGAUUGCUGUUACCAUUUCUAGUCAAUUUUGUUGGUUGUUUUAAAGUUGAGUUUAUUUUAAAUAGAAUAUUUGAAUCCGUCCAAUUUAUAGACAAUACUAGCGUGCUGCAUGUUACAAAGUAUCGUCUUCGCAUAAAACUACUCUUGGAAGAUAAAAUACGAUUUCAUAUGAAUCAAGUCCAAUUUAUCGCCGCCAACUGCUAGUAAGGGCUUUUAGAAGUUCGAUUGAACAGCCGUUCUUUGCCGCAUCUAAUACCAGCCAGCUACUUAUAAUGUCAUCAGUCUGUCGUGCUGCAGGAUUUCAUAUUAUCCCCAAACAUUGCUAACAGACGUAGCCACCAUUUUGAUGGCCACGUUCAUGGAAUUACAUGUCUAUACGUCAUGUUACCAGAUGUUCCUCAAAGCUGCUUUUGUCGUCAAGAUGACGUCAUUAUCACUAAACACGACCAAGGUUCCUGUCUGCUAGCAAUUUCCAAUUGCUAGUAGACAGGAACUCAUUUUGGUAGAGUUGAGUUGAGUUUGGCUGAGUUUGUAAUUGGAGAUUUUGAUAUCUCACGAUGAUAGUUUGUAACAUGUAUAGCACUUGCAAAAAGUAUUAAAACUUAGAAAAUAAUUUAGGAUAAAGAAUAAUUUUAAAAUUAAAAGUGUUUGGAUAAGAUGUAAUUUUAGAAUUUGUCAGUCGAACCAAAAAAAAACUAUAUUGUGAAACAUCCGUUCCUGAUUCCUAAUACUUAUUCAAAAUAGUUAUUAAAUUGUCCUAAACUGUACCUUACAAUAAAAUUAUAAACAAUCCUCAUAUUAGAACGAUAGUUCGUACACAUUUAGACAAUAUUACAAAUACACUGCCGUAAUUAUAAAAAUAGAGAAAAUAUACUUAGACAUGUUUAGCAUUUGCUCACAGUUAUAAACGUCUCAUUUAAGAUAUUAUUAAAUUAAUUAAUAGAUAGAUGCAAAAGGAACUAAGCUUCUCUUAAAAUAUUGUAUAUAUGAAAUACUGAUUAUUGGUCUUUGCCUUUUAAGUAUUAUGACACAUGACAUGUGGUCAAAAUAUAACUUGCGCUCAAAUAUUCAUGCAACUGAAAAUUAAGUCGCGGUUAAGUCUUAUAUUGUUUAUGACACUCUAAGGCGUAAAGUGGUGACUACAAAGAUAUGUUGUGUUAAAUAAAGUGUGAAGUGAUGCAUUAAAGUCAUAAUCAUACGUGUGUAAAAGAAAAUAAUACUUUCUAUUUUGUAGCAGACCUUUAUAAUGUUUUCACUAAAUACUAAAGUGAAGAGAAAGCUUGAUGCUGUUUGCAUCUUUAUAAUAUUUAUCCAAAAUCAUGUUCCUUAAUUGAAUGGAAUAUUACUCAUACAAUACAAAAGGCUCGAUAAAUUUAAGCUUUCUACGGAAUUCUUAAGUAAUAUAGAAAGUGUUUGCAAAAACGAACAAAGUUCAUAUUAUUCAAAUGAGAUAUUUGGCGUGUUCAGCAGAAUUGUUUCGAGUGAUUUACAGAAAAUGGCGACUUCAUGUAUUCAUAACAAGUUAGGAUUAAUCAUGGAAUAACUGUAAACUGGACAGUUAUUUUUUUUGGACUAUAGACUAGUUCCUUUCAUCCUAUCGUUAGACUAAAUUAAUUGCUCCAGUGUAUUGCGAUGACAAGUCAAAGUCACGUGUACGAGAUUCGGCUCAAGUCAUUUAGAAAAAGAUUAAUUCUAAAGCCAUUUAACUCUGUCUACGCCCUCUGGAUUGGUAGCAUAGGUUUCAACCGGAUCUAUGGUUGUUUCUGGAUUGGCGAAUGGCGGCCAUAAAAGUCCUAAUGUAGCUGAAUUUUCCGGACAGAAAAUCAGUGUAUCAUUUCAAAUGAUUCUGCUAAACACGUCUCAAUAAGCCGACAGACGACAAACAUCUUCAUGACCGCAAUACAGAAAUAAUUUAACUAAACUUUUAAUUUCGUGGACCACUUUAAAUGAGACGUAAAUUAAUAUAUAUUUAUCAUAGAAAAAUAGUUUAUAAAUUCAAGUAUCUAAUACAUAAUUGCUCAGAUUUUUAGAGAAUAAAGUUACUUAGACCAAGUGACCUUAUAUUUGUUGUCCAAAUAUAAAAUACUAAAUCGACUAAGUAUGAUAUUUAAUGAUGUUAUAAUUGCUGAAACGUGUUUAGUGUACUUUAUUAUAUAAAAAAUAUAAUUAGGAUUCGGUACUGAAUUGUGUAAAAUCGAAUUAAUUUAUUGUUAAAUGUAAUGCACGUUCAGCUUAAAGAUUUGGAGACAAUAUAUCCAAAUUAUUUGCAAAAAAUUAUAAAUAUUUUUUCGUGGGACUCCAAUACGUUAAAAUGAUA